CCUGAGUUACAUCAGAGUCCAGUAUGAGUCGAACCGCACGAGCAACUGGCAGGCAGUCGCUGUUAUUAGCGCACACGUUUCCAGUGGAAAAGCUUGUUAGUGUGUAGCUUUUUUCACUUUCCUGCACACUGUGCAAGUGUACUAUUCUUCCCCAUCCCAGCCCUGGAUAAGGUACAGGAGGGGAUAUUAAUUCAACCGUGAAUGAAAAAGGUGUAUUGCGCUGUAAUGUGUCCGGUGAAAGAUUAAAUUCCUCUUCCAAGUCGUGUAGAUGUUUGCAUGUGGUUGUGUGGGUAUGUGGUUUUGGUGGGCUGAAAUUUGAGCAAAGUGCAUUCCGAAUAACGAAUUCCCGUGAGAUGCUCUUUAUGGUCGUGUUGGUGCCGCAGACGUAGAAUAGAGCGCAGUUCAUUAUCUACCGUAAUGACCAUUCCACCAUUUUCGCGAUCGCUUUCGUCCCCUGGGACAAUUAAUUCAAUUAGCUGUUAAUCCACGAGCUGUUUAUGGAUUGAGAAGACAUGCAGAGAGAGAAAGAGGGCACAUGUGAGAGUGUGAGAGUGAGUGAGAAAGUGUGCUUGUGAUUGAAUGUAAAGCAAAGCUCCAAGCUACUGGAACUACAGGUGGUAUGCUCGCCCUUUGGAGCAAUAAUUAGCUCGUAGAAAGACAGCCAGCUUAGUGUUCGCGUUUGUCUGUGCGUCGGGAGAUGACUCGCCUGUACUGAGAUGUCACACGCCCCCCACGCCAGCUGGCGAUGGACAUGCACAUUGCUGAACAGGCGCAAACGCAGCGAACUAGACGGCUGAAGCUGCCAAAAUUAUUAGUUCGCCAGCAGUUCGUUUGCAUCGCAAAAUGAACAUUGCUCGAAUCGUUGUGGCUGUGUUGUGCUGACCGAGAAGGCGAGCUUCAUCUAUCAUUGCACCACAAGUUCCAUUCGCGCUUGCAAGAGAGUAGUUCCUGGGCAACGACAUCGCCAGUGCAUGGUUGCGCUUUUCGUUCUACCGAGAGUGCAUCAGCGUAGCAGGAUUCAACGAACAUCAGUGCGCCUGGCAGCAACGGGAGUUUAUGCAACGCAAUCAUUCAUCAGUGCGGCCGUCAUGAAUAAAUCAUUGCAGCGACUUACCUGCCCCCUGCGAGCGACACCCGAGCGCCCAGAUGGAGCGUACCGGCCGCCAACAGUAUGGCCGGGUCGCGUACUGCCCGUACAGUGAUUCCAGCUCGUCGGAGCUACAGUCCUACGUCCGUCCGUUCGACACGGUACGGGCGCUGCACGAAACGGUCGUCUCGCUGCGUACCGCGCUCGAGGAAUCACGCCGCGAAGUGGAUCAGCUGCGGCAGCAGAUAAGCGUACGGGAAACGGUAGAGCAGGGCAGAACCGUCAGUGCCGGUGGGUUCAAGGGUGCCGAGGUUGCGGACGGCCCACGGAAGCAGCAAACGAGCGGAAGCACCGAAGUCACACCGUCCACAUCGGGCUACCAGGCCAGGCAUCUGCCGGCGCGUGAAUCAUGCGAAGACGUACCGAGUACGUUGGAGGAUAAAAAGUGCAAAAAGCUAAAGAAACGAAAAGUAAAACCUCAACCGCCGGAGCACGAAGACUCCAGUCCGGUGACGGUGGGUAGGGAGGAGAGCAAGGCGGAAGUAGAAGACUCCGUUAGGACGAAAAAGACGCCUAUUAAAGAUGGUACCAGUUCGGCACAUCAGAAAGUGUCCGUAGUGCCCGACAUACAGAUAGUUUCACAUCCAGGGGUUGGCCCACACUCCGCGAUGGCAUCGCGGAUUGACGUAAAGAUUAAGGUAUCUUCCAACAUCAAUAUGGACGGGAGCAGCUCUGAGGCGGAGAGUUCCGAAUGUCCGAGGGAAGAGCCACAGACUCCAGAGGACCCAGCAGCACCAGAAUCUGCACCAGUGGAGGAGGAAGACGAAGAGGAGAAAACGAUUGGCGAACCGGAGGAGCGUGGAGUGGACGAUGAGGUGACGGUACGCGAGCAAGUCCUCAAGUCGGACGGUGUGGAGAGCUUGCGCGUCAGUGUGGUGAACGAGGAGAAGCUGAGCGUGAGCAAGAGCUCGGAGGCGAUCAGCAUAAAGCAGGUCUCGUCGGAGAACCUGCACGUCGACACGGAUCGGCAAUCGAACGCUUCCAUCUCGGAGGGAGACAACUCAGUGUUUGCGGAGGAUGCGCCCAGCCAGGCGGAGGGUGAACUGCACGGCACGGGACCGAUUACCGGCAGCUACACCCUGUCCGGCGAUCCCCGCCGGCGGAUGAAGAAGAGCGAGUCGGAAACGCAGGAAGAGGUGGACGACAUCGAGCUGAUCUUUUCGUCCGACGACAAUGCGAAGGACAUUACGCAGGAGGAUCUGGUGUCGAUAUCGGACUACGAACCGUGGCACGAGACCGGCCAGUCCGGCACGCCCGUGCUGGUGAGCUUCACCAAUUUGGCGUCGGAUCAGGAAAAGCUGAGCUCGCUGGAGCGCAGUGACAGCGAGGUGGCGGACGGGUACGAGCUGGAGAAGGGCAAGAGCCUCGAGAGCCAGGACUCGCUGAGCCUGGACAACAUGAAGAAAAGCCUCGACUUUAGCACAAAGUCAUCCAGCCUGGAGAAGGAGUCGAGCGUGGAGUACGGAGCGUCCGGGAAUUCCCUAGUCGCGUGCGGGGUGGCUCGUACCGCCCGCAGCCAGGGCGACGAGGAGGGCAAGCAGGGCGACAGUUUCGAUGUGGCCGGCACGAAUCCGCUGGCGGCGGCCGGUGCACUCGGGCGCCGCUGGACCAACUACAACGUGCUGAUCGAGACGGACAUCUCCAAGUGUGGCAUCACCGAGGAGAACAUUUUGGAGAUGGGACGGCGCAAUACCUGCCCCAACCCUCCCGCCUACCGACCCAUCAUUCACCCGGGCAGCCGUAUGGCGGCGGGAGCUGGCGGCACCAAUCGGAGCCCGCUGGCGGUGAAGUUUUCCCGCUCGCCGCGCACCUACUCACCGCACCAGUAUCUGCCGCCGGGGAAAACGCUGCGCACCGUGAUAGCGGCCGAAAGUGGCGUCCGGGGAGCGACCGGGGACGAGGUAAAGCGUUCCCGGGCGGCACAGACCGACAUCUCCGCCCUGGCCCAGCAGUGGCGCUCUGAGACGCAUCUGACCGGGGCGGAGUACGUGCCGGGGCUGUACACACUGCCCUCGAAGUUCGUACCACCGCCACCCGGUGGGAAAGGUAAAUUCCCACUCAGACCGUCGGAUAAGACGCAGGAAGCCCGCCGGGUGCUGCUGAGCGAUAUUAACUUUACCAGCAUGGUCCCGGAGCUGUCCCGUUCGGCCGAUCACCUCUGCCAGCAUCAGCAGGACGAGAACGGCGACCCGAACCGGUCGCCCAACUACUGCAAGGGAAACCUGCUAAGAACACCGGAAGCCACCAAAGGCAUCCCGCCGAGCUUUAGCAUGACCUCGCCCGGCGUUUCCCAGUGGACGGUCAACGAGAGCAGCAUCGCCACGCAAACCACCCAAACGGACGCGCUCUGGACGAACCGGGGCGAUUCGUUCGACUCGUCGAAAAGCUACUCGGCCGGGUCGCGCUACUCCACGCUCAGCAAGCACCACCGUUCGCGCAGCGUGCCCUCGAUGCGCUGUGCCAUCUGCCGGCAGACGCACCAGAACACGGCGCUCAGACCGUCGGAAAGCAUGCACUACACGCCGCGCGUCACCUUCCAGGAGCAGCCGGUGCACAAGAUUCGCGGUUCGCUGCCCGACCUGCGGCACGAUUGCAACUGUCCGCGGCGGUACGGUGGCCCCUCGCUCUACCGCAUCCAUGGCGAUUCGGGCGGCUCCACCGACAGCUUGCUCGAGGAGGCGGAAGAGUUUCUGCGCCGCUCGCUCGAGGGAGGCAACAUGCUCGGGAUGGAGGAUUCGCUUGGACAGCUUGACGUCGGUGUGCCACCGCCGGCCACCGCUGGUCUGGUGCCGCACGUGACCUUCCACGGACAUGUUGGUGGUGGUGGUGGGCACGCCGGUGCCCAUCCGUCGGUGCAUCAUCCCACGGCCAAGCACCGCCGCUGCUCGGAGAAUGACAUUCAGAGAGACUACAUUCCCUCCAAGCAGGCGCUGCCAUUUUUGCCAAAAACCCCCAAAUGUCUUAAGCCGGGCCACCUGGCAAAGGUCAUCUCGCCGAACGGGCGCGUCAUCGUUGGCCGGGUGCGGUACAUUGGACCGGUGGCCGGCACGGAAGCUGCCGAGGACACUACCUUCGUCGGGCUGCAGUUGCCGAACAAUUUGGGCGACUGCGACGGUACCAUCGAUGGGAAGCGAUUCUUCGACUGCGAACCACUGCACGGUGUCUUCGUGCCGUUCAAGAAGGUCGUCAUGGCAUGGAACUCAUAAAAAACGGUCGCCGGCAGGUUCAGCGAUGAGCGAUCCGCAAGGUCAAGGAAAGCUAGCUACGAUUGGCAGAAAGCACGGAGAUGAAGCUUCAACUGGAUGAAAUUGAGCAAAGAUGAAUCAAACAGCGCCAGUGCAGUGGGCAAACGGAGCAAAGGUAAAGCUUAGCCCGUUGUGAUACAGGGAAAACGAGUGAUUGAUUAUUACACACGCGGACGGCGGAUCGAUGGAGACGAAUCAGUGUAAUGGCGAGCGUAAUGGAGGAAAAUGUGCUUCAGAAAGGAUUGCUGUUAAGGGAGAGCUUGAUAAGGAAGACAAAUGAAACGGUGAGAUGAGAAAA